AGUCAUUCCCUGAGACGAGCAGCAGAGGGAUGAGGGGGCCAGGGCCUGAGACACUGGGCAGGACAUCUUCACAGGGGUCCCUCUCCAGAUCAGAGGCAACACAUAACUACCAUCCUGUCAGCAGCACCGCAGGCCACAGGAAAGGAGUGAAUAACAGUGUGUGAAGAACAAUAGAAAAAGCUUUUAUGUUGACAGAAUGACAGUCACAGAACAGUUUUCACCUGCCAGUCUGACAAGUUCAGAGAAUGGAUUGCGACUAUGGACAUCAAGUUACUUUUAAGGGGAAAGGGUCAUCAUGUUGGUUCUUCUAGCCGGAAUCUUCCUCCUUCACCUCACCAGCAUCAUCCUCCUCCUAGUGGCAACUAUCGACAAUGCCUGGUGGAUGACAAAAAUCGUGUCCACUGAUGUGUGGGCCAGGUGGAUACUGACCAAUGGAACCUGGAGCUCCAACGAUCUCCCCGGCCAGUACCCUCAAGAAUACCUCCAGGCAGUGCAGGCUAGCUCCAUUCUGGCCUGCAUAUUCUCUUCCCUUGGCCUGUUUGUGUUUGUGGGACAGCUCUUCACUCUGUCAAAGGGACAGAGAUUCACCUUCUCUGGCAUCUUCCAGCUCCUAGCCUGCCUGUGCAUCAUGAUCGCUGCCUCCAUCUACACAGACAUCUUUCACAAGAAUGAAUCGGAUGGUUGGUAUGGCCACUCCUUCAUUCUGGCCUGGAUCUCCUUUGCGUUCACCUUCAUCUCCAGUAUAAUCUACUUUGUCCUGCGAAAGAAGACUGCAAACUAGAAGCAGAAGACUAGCCCAAACCCAAGGGACAGGCUCAAUAUCUUACGAUCUGAUUGUUUUUUGUACAAUUAGGUAUGGAUAUGAGUGUGGGAUACAAAAGGGGAGAGUUAUCCACAGAUUUUCUGGCUUGAAUUUUGAUUCAUGUAUCUCUUUUGGUUCCCUGAAGUGUGUCUAAACAUAUUGUAAUAUCUUACCUGUCCUGCCCACAUAGCUAUAACUUAGCUGUCCUGCCCACAGUUAUAACUUACCUGUCCUGGCCACAUAGUAAUAACCUACCUGUCCUGCCAACAUAGUAAUAACCUACCUGUCCUGCCCACAUAGUAAUAACCUACCUGUCCUGCCCACAUAGUAAUAACCUACCUGUCCUGCCCACAUAGUAAUAACCUACCUGUCCUGCCCACAUAGUAAUAACCUACCUGUCCUGCCCACAUAAUAAUAACCUACCUGUCCUGGCCACAUAGUAAUAACCAACCUGUCCUGCCCACAUAGUAAUAACCAACCUGUCCUGCCCACAUAGUAAUAACCUACCUGUCCUGCCCACAUAGUAAUAACCUACUUGUCCUGCCCACAUAGUAAUAACCUACUUGUCCUGCCCACAUAGUAAUAACCUACUUGUCCUGCCCACAUAGUAAUAACCUACUUGUCCUGCCCACAUAGUAAUAACCUACCUGUCCUGCCCACAUAGUAAUAACCUACCUGUCCUGCCCACAUAGUAAUAACCUACCUGUCCUGCCCACAUAGUAAUAACCUACCUGUCCUGCCCACAUAGUAAUAACCUACCUGUCCUGCCCACAUAGUAAUAACCUACCUGUCCUGCCCACAUAGUAAUAACCUACCUGUCCUGCCCACAUAGUAAUAACCUACCUGUCCUGCCCACAUAUUACCAAGUCCAUGUUUAAUUUUCAAUAUAACGUGGGACAACAUUUUCAAAGUUAAUGAAACUUUUACAGCCCUCAUAUAUUUGUUGAAGGUAUAGGGGAGUCAGAGAGUAUAGACUGACAGUAUCUCAUUAUUUCAGAAUCAUAGUCCUGAACUAUUCUUGCUUACAUUUGAUAUAUUUCUCAAUUAGGCUCAUAAUAAAACAAGGCCAAAACUCUCAAAACCAGAAGAAUGAAUUGACUAGUGCCACAAACAGAAUCCAAUUUGAGAAACUGUCAACGAUCAUUACCCCGUUUGACUUACAGCCCUACUGUAGUGUGCUGAAUAAGACAAAAAUAUUAUGUAUUUGCCAAUGUCCAUACAUUGAAUGGAACAUUAGUACUAACCUCACUGCUAACUGGACCACUCCUCUUUUUAGUUAUGUCAUUACUUUUGUCAAUUAUUUUAUGCUUUGUACCAUUAGUCUUAUUGUGUAGGUUAACUUCCGUUUGUCUGAAUCAACCUAUCCCCCAGACACACCCAUGGACUGACAGACAGACAGACGGAUAGAUCUUGAGUGCCUUGAAAUCUGACAGAGCAUAUUUGCUCGCUGCACAUUGAGAUAUAUGUGUAAAUAUGAACAUGUUUGGUUCCACAUUGUGCUUUGUAUGUCUAAUGCAAUUUUAUUUUUGUUACUAUUAUCAGUAUGAUAAUAAUUUGUAUUAAAACCUGAUUUAAAUCUAA